AUUUAAUUACCUUUAUAUAAAUUUAGGUUGAAAAAAUAAUUUUUCCUCUUUUCAUUUUACAAAACAACAAAAUUGGGUGUGAGUUGCAUGGUAUUGAGGUUUGGGGUGCCUUAUAAAGCUUACACGAGGAUUCUACUGCAUUUCACUCCUUUUCUUCUCUGACUUUAUCAAUUCUCUGCCAUUGAGAUUCCUGCAUAUUUUCACUCUCUACAUAAAUACACACCCAGCUGUUAAUUAUCGUAUUGAACAAGACUAGUCUCUUUCUUUGCUUUCAGCGUCAGCUGAUUUUCGAGGUCUCCCCUCACCCUGAGCUGUACUUUUAACCCCUUUCACUGAUUUUAUUAACUCGUUCUAUCAGAUGCACAGUUUUCGUUAUUUUCAUCAUUGCGCUCCUCAGCAUUUACAUCUUUUAGCGCUUCCUCUCUUUUUUCAAUGUACUACACUUUCGAUACGCUUGAUUCCUUUUUCAUAGGAGAAGGAAAUUAGCUAUUAAAGAUAUUGAUAUCCAGCCAUGGUUGGAUUCCAGAGCGACCAUAUGCCUGGGAACAACAAGUAUAAUGGUGAUUAUAACAGUUGUCCAGGUAGUGUUGAACGACCAUUGAGAGGAAAAAAAUUAAUCAAAAGCAGCAAGGGAUCAUCAUCUCCCGAAAGUGUUCUUAUUAAUAAUAACAAUAUCAAUAAUAGUAGUAAUCAUAGUAAUAAUAAUAAUUGUAAUAGCAUGAAUAACAAUAAACAUGUGGUUACUGAACCUUUUGAGCAUGACAUAUGCUUAAAAGAAUAUAAUAACUCUGGUGCUUCCUCUGUUGAACGAUUCGUGGAAGGUGCUGCUGCAGCGGCAAAGGCUCUUAGUAAUGGAUAUAAAAGGGAAGAUGGAAAGCCUUUUCGACAACGGCUUUUGGUUGUGGCUAAUAGACUGCCAGUUUCUGCUGUUAGGAAAGGGGAGGAUUCUUGGUCGUUGGAGAUCAGUGCUGGCGGCUUGGUGAGCGCUCUUUUAGGUGUGAAGGAGUUUGAAGCGAGGUGGAUAGGUUGGGCCGGAGUCAAUGUGCCAGACGCAGUUGGACAGAAGACACUCACCGAAGCAUUGGCUGAAAAGAGGUGUAUCCCAGUAUUUCUUACUGAAGAGAUUGUUCAUCAGUACUAUAAUGGCUAUUGCAAUAAUAUUUUGUGGCCCCUUUUUCAUUAUCUUGGACUUCCGCAAGAAGACCGUCUAGCAACAACUCGUGGUUUUCAAUCUCAGUUUGAAUCGUACCAGGUGGCAAACCAAAUGUUUGCUGAUGUUGUAAACGAGGUAUAUGAAGAGGGAGAUAUUGUUUGGUGCCAUGAUUACCAUCUUAUGUUUCUACCACAAUGCUUAAAGAAAUUUAACAACAAAAUGAAAGUUGGCUGGUUUCUCCAUACCCCCUUUCCAUCUUCUGAAAUUCAUAGGACUCUGCCAUCUCGCACAGAGCUCCUGCGUGCAGUUCUUGCUGCUGACUUGGUUGGUUUUCACACCUAUGAUUAUGCACGACACUUUGUUAGUGCAUGUACUCGUAUUCUCGGACUUGAGGCAACACCAGAAGGGGUUGAAGAUCAAGGGAAAAUGACCCGAGUUGCUGCAUUUCCAAUUGGUAUAGACUCAGAUCGAUUUAUACGUGCACUCGGCUCUUCUGAUGUUCAAGGUCCCAUCAAAGACUUACAAGAAAGAUUUAAAGGCAGAAAGGUAAUGUUAGGUGUUGAUCGCCUUGAUAUGAUUAAAGGAAUUCCUCAAAAACUUCUAGCUUUUGAAAAAUUCUUGGAAGAGAAUGCUGAUUGGCGAGAUAAAGUAGUUCUGCUUCAAAUUGCUGUGCCAACAAGAACAGAUGUUCCCGAGUAUCAAAAGCUUACAAGCCAGGUUCAUGAAAUUGUUGGUCGCAUCAAUGGCAGAUUUGGAUCACUGACUGCUGUUCCUAUACAUCACCUGGAUCGCACUCUUGACUUUUAUGGACUAUGUGCUUUGUACGCUGUUACAGAUGUAGCACUUGUCACGUCUUUGAGGGAUGGAAUGAAUCUUGUCAGUUACGAGUUUGUGGCCUGCCAGGAAAAAAAGAAGGGGGUUCUCAUUCUUAGUGAAUUCGCUGGUGCUGCUCAAUCUCUUGGUGCUGGGGCACUUCUGGUCAACCCUUGGAACAUCACAAAAGUUGCUGAAGCAAUUUCCAAAGCUCUGAACAUGCCAUCUGCAGAGAGAGAGAAGAGACACAGGCAUAACUUUCAUCAUGUAACAACACACACUGCACAGCAGUGGGCAGAAACUUUUGUAAAUGAUCUGAAUGAUACUGUUGUUGAAGCACAACUGAGGACAAAGCAAAUUCCACCACGGCUCCCGGCCGACGAGGCAAUUGAACAAUAUAUGACGUCAACCAAUCGGCUACUUAUUUUGGGAUUUAAUGGAACAUUAACUGAACCAGUUGAGAAAAAAGGUGAUCAGCUGAAAGAAAUGGAACUCUCGGUGCAUCCAGAACUGAAACUACCGUUGACAAAACUUUGCAGUGACCCAAAUACUACAGUUGUCGUGCUUAGUGGAAGUGAUAGAACAAUUCUAGAUGAAAAUUUUAAAGAAUAUGACACUUGGCUAGCAGCGGAGAAUGGGAUGUUUUUGAACUCUUCAAAUGGAGAAUGGAUGACCACAAUGCCAGAACAACUGAAUAUGGAAUGGGUUGACAGCGUGAAGCAAAUUUUUGAGUACUUUACUGAAAGAACACCUCGCUCACAUUUUGAAGAAAGGGAAGCUUCACUUGUAUGGAACUACCGACAUGCAGAUGUUGAGUUUGGAAAACUUCAAGCAAGAGACUUGCUACAACAUCUUUGCACAGGUCCAAUUUCAAAUGCAUCAGUUGAAGUCGUUCAAGGGAGCCGAUCAGUUGAGGUCCGAGCUGCUGGUGUUACAAAGGGAGCAGCUGUUGACCGCAUCUUGGGGGAGAUAGUUCACUGUAAAUCCAUGACAACACCUAUUGAUUAUGUUCUGUGUAUAGGACAUUUUCUGGCAAAGGAUGAAGAUAUAUACGACUUUUUUGAGCCAGAGCCUUCCUGUUUUGGUGCGAGUCUUCAAAGAAGCAAGUUAACAGAAGCAACUAAGUUUGCUAAUGAGAAGGUAUCACCUUCGAAGAUCCCAUCGGUUAAAAAUGGAUUCAAGUCAACAAAUCAAAACAAGGGACAACGACCUGUCUCAAAUUCACCGAAGAAAACAACUAAUAUUUUCAGCCGAGCAGCACGAAAGCCAGCUCCCGAAAAGAUCACUUGGAAUGUCCUUGACCUCAAGAAAGAGAAUUACUUCUCAUGCGCUGUUGGCAGAACUCAAACAAAUGCUCGCUUUACACUUCCAUCACCUGAUGAAGUUGCUGAGUUUCUGAAGAAACUUGCGCUUGAAUCUUCUCGUAAAAACUGAGUUUCUGAGAGUUAUAAGAUUAAUUGCUUUUGCAACUCUAGCUUCAUAGUUCGAUUCAUCCGAGCAAUGCUGCUUCCUCAUGUUGAGAAAUAAAUAAUUUAGCCAUUUUUAGUCUCGUAAUUCCUUGUAAUGUAGUCAUUUGGUAUAUUUCUCUAGCCAAUAAUUUCAUAGUUACUUGAUGAUGUUGUGGACAAGUAGUUUUGGAUGGCCUUGUAAGAAAGAAUAGUAGUAUUCGAUGGUCUUUUUUUUUUUUUAAAA